GACUACAUCUCCCAGAGUGCCUCGCGGCACGGAGGACUUUCCCGCCGCCGCUGCGGCCGCCGAGCCCGUCCUGAAGUGCCCAUGCUGAGUGCGCAGCUGCGCGGACGCGCGCGCUCCAUGGCCAGCGGCGCGUGCGGGCCCCGGGGCGCCGCGGGCCCGGUGGAGGCCGCCAUCCGCAGGAAGCUCGAGCAAGCCUUCAACCCCGACGUGCUGGAGCUGCGCAACGAGAGCGGCGGCCACUCGGUCCCGCCGGGCAGCGAGACACAUUUCCGCGUGGCCGUGGUGAGCGCCCGCUUCGAGGGUUUGAACCCCCUGCAGCGGCAUCGGCUGGUGCACGCGGCGCUGGCCGAGGAGCUGGCGGGGCCGGUGCACGCGCUGGCCAUCCAGGCCCGGACCCCGGCGCAGUGGAGGGAGAACCCUCAGCUGGACACGAGCCCUCCCUGCCUGGGUGGAAGCAAGAAAAGAGGUGCCCCCUGAACCCCUGUCCGAGAGAGCGCAGCCCGGCUUCGGUGGCAGAGCUCCUUUCUGCGGGCUCCAUUCCAGAGGCAGAUAGAAACUGACCCAGGGGAGGGAGUCACGGCGGCCCCCAACCCGGACUGCUGGAAACACUGCCCAGCUAGGUUGGAAAUAAUCCGAUACAUUAAAAGAACUGAUCCGAUGAA